AUCGAUACAAAUUAUCGGACACGUGGUUCAAAUUUACUUAAAAGUGAUCUCAUGGCAAAUCAGAAAAAUCGGGGAAAAAAUCAGAAAAAGAAAAAGAGCUGGAAAGAGGUUUCUCUCGAAAUACGAAAAAAUGAAAAGUUUUGGGUGGUUUUGAGAAUCUUGAAUGGUAUAAUUGUGGUCGGACUUUUUACUUUGUAUACUUUCCACUUUCAUUCAAAAUCAAGAGUAACACCUCAGUUUUGUGAAUCUCCACAAUGUAUCAUACUUGCUCAGGAACUUAAAGCCUAUUCUGAUACCGCUACUAAGUCGUGUGAAGACUUUUAUAAAGCGACAUGUGAAAAUUACAAAGAUCAUCAGGCACUGGAUAGGCACAGGGAUUGUAAAAAAAGAAAAGCGGUGAAUAAGCUGGUCAGAGGAUUUUUGCAAAGGGACGAGUCGACCUUCACUUCCGAAUCCGAGUCUGCUAUCAAGCUGAUUUUUGGGAAAUGUGACGAGUUGUCAAGGAAUACUUCUUAUCUGGAUAUUUUCAAGGAUAUUAAGAAGAUUGGGUCAUGGCCAGUGUUGGAACAUAACUGGAAAGAUUCUAUGUUCAAUUUGGAUGAUGUUAUCGCAAAAUUGGUCAAACUGGGAUCCACCGACUUUGGACUUUUCAAACUCGAACUUAGGAAGCUCGCUUUUGGGCAUUUUGCGGUUUUUGUUUCAAGUAAGCAAGAACAAAAUAUUCAUCAACUGGAGAAGACAAUUCUGGGAAUUCUCAAGGCUAAUGGGAUUCAACAAGAUCGCAAGGAACUUUCAGAUGAUUUGAAGGAUUAUUCUGACUUCAAAAAUCAUUUGAAAGAGUUUUAUCAAGAGGAAACUUAUAUCGAGUAUCGUCUUUAUGCUGGUUCGAUAGUUGAGAACCUUGGUAUUUCAUCACUUACGACGCAAAUGGCUCUGAAGAGUACCGGCUUAGACGUUUUUAAUCAUGUUAACCAAAGAACAUUGAUCACAAAUAGUUCACUAUUUUUCGGUGAGGAGAAUAAUCUGGGGAUGAUAAUUCAGAAGACACCGAAGAGGACGCUGGCUAACUUUUUGAUAUUCCAUUUUAUUGAUGUGAUGACCACUGAUUUAGCAAAUGCUACUAAAGCCUGUAAAGAGACGUUAAUCGAUUUGCUCCCCCGUGCAUCAAUUCAAGUGCUCUCGCGGAAUUUUGUCAACGAGGAUGCUCAGGAUGAUAUGGUCAAAAUGGCUCAAGAUCUAAAGACAAAAAUAACGGAAAUGAUUGACAACUCGCCAUUUUUUACUAAAUUUCACCUAGUAUUUGAUGCAGAAGAACAGAAAAAGCUAAUUCAAAAAGUUAAAGCUAUCGGAAUUGUUACCGAAUAUCCACAGGAAGUUUUGGAUCGAGAUUUCGAAAGGCUCAACCUGACGCCUUCCGACUCCAUAUACAGAACCAUUCAAAAGCUGCGUCGACUCCGAUCUGAACAGCUUAUAGAGCAUCUUGGUGGAGAUCUGGAUCCCACUGACACUAGGGUUUGGGGAAGUGCUCAUUAUGAUCAGACAACCAAUAAUUUGACGAUCUUUGCUCCGAUCAUCGAUGGUCCAUAUUUUGAUACCUCCUACCCUAACUACGUGAACCAGUUCCUCAUGGGAUUCAUCCUAGGCCGAGAACUGGGCCGCUCGCUAGAUUCAGUGAGGAUUCGGAAAGAUGAGAAGGGCCAAACUGAGAAUUGGUUGAAGCCGGAGAGCUUGAAAAGAUUCGAUGAGCACCUGAAAUGUUGGGCUGAAAAGUAUGAUAAAUCUGCGGAUCCGCUUAAGUCGGAAAGUAAAGGUAUCCGCCAAAUCGAAGGGAGAUAUAUCCAAAACGAGAUGUUUGCCGACUUCAUCGGACAUGAAGCGUCUUGGAGAGCCUUUAUGAAGUUGGAUGUAAAGAACGAAGAGGUGCUCGAGACGUUUAAGGUUAUUAAGCUGAGAAGGAUGUUCUUCAAUGUGCAGGCAUUGUACUUCUGCCGUCCGCCGAGUGGCUCGACUGAUUGGCUAUCCUACCAGGAGCAUCAUCAACAUUACUCGUUCCGUGUCAAUGGAGCAUUCAAGAACAUGCCACAAUUCGCGUUGGCAUUCGAAUGUGCAUCUGAUGAUGAUAUGAAUCCGCAGAACAAAUGUAGCAUGUUCUGAAAGUUUUUGGGUUUUUUUUGUGGUGCUGUGGUAAUAAAUUUGAUUUGAAAUUU